CAAGGCGUUGGUUCAAUGAUCAAGUAAUACAAAAAAAUCAACAAAUUGAUGAAGAACGUGCAAUAUCAAUUCGGAAUGGACAAGAGUUUGGUGUAUUUGAACAUGAGAUUGGUGUUAAUUUUUCUUUUAUUGACUCAAUGCGUGGUCAAUGUGUUUUUACUCCCAAAGUGCGACAUCAUUUGAAGAAGCGGGCUCUUUAUGGAAAAGGUUUCAGUUUGAUGAAAAAAACUCUAAAUUGGGCGAUUGAGACUGGACAUGCCAAGGAAUUAUAUAAGUUACAUCAGGAGUUUAUUGAAGAGAUGGAAAAGCAACUUGAGAUGCAACAUGGGUGUGCGGCACAAUCAAAUCAGAAGAAUGUGUUUUAUGAAACAAUUAACAAUCCACCGCAGUUACGAACGAAAGGACGAAAAAAUCAUAAACGCAUAGCUUCAUUCACUAGCAUAUCAGGUGCACAAAAGAGAGUAUUUAAUGGGACGGUAGCUUCAGGUGCACAAAAGAGAGUAUUUAAUGAGACGGUAGCUAGUAUGCAACAUAAUAAAGAAACAAGUAACAUCAGUGUAUGCAACGAGUCAAUUGUUACAAAUAAUGCAAAUGGUCAAAAAAUGACUACAGCAAAUAAUGAUUAUAAACAAGUACACGAUGUGCAAGUUCAAAUACUCCAAUAUCAGGAGCAAGGUCAAAAUAAGG